GACAAGGGCAGCUCCAAAUAUCUACAGAGCAACAGAGAUGGUAGGAGCACAAACAGAGGGACUGUGGGAACACAAGAACUACUGGAAACAUCUCACUCAUUAACAUAUGCAGUUAAUCAACCGGAAGGUUUUUAUUUUUAUCUUGGAGAACACAUUCAUCCAGCCGGCGACAUGGCGAUAGCAGCGCUGGAGUUGAUGGGUUUCUUUUUUGGCCUCUUUGGCAUGCUCGGGACCUUUGUAGCCACUCUCCUGCCAUAUUGGGCAAGGUCCGCACACGUCGGUUCCAACAUCGUGACGGCGGUAGAGAGCAUGAAAGGGCUGUGGAUGGAGUGUGUCUACCAGAGCACUGGAGUCUUCCAGUGUGAGACCUACAACACGCUUCUGGGGCUCACCACUGAUCUACAAGCAGCCAGAGCCAUGAUGGUCAUCUCCUCCAUCAUUUCCGUCAUGGCCUGCGCGGUAUCCACUGUCGGCAUGCAGUGCACUGUCUGCAUAGAUGGCUCUGCAGUCAAGAGCAAGGUGGCUGGGGUAGGUGGUUUCCUUUUCCUCCUGGCAGGGCUCUUGUCAUUGAUCCCCGUGUCUUGGAAUACCCACGAGGUGGUGCAGACCUUCAACAUGCAGAACAUGCCGCCCACGCUAAAGUUUGAGAUAGGUGACUGCCUAUAUGUGGGCUUGGCUUCCUCACUAUCAUCCAUGCUAGGUGGAGGGCUCUUGAGUGCAUCAUGUUGUGACGAUUUUGAUGGUAGCAGGGGAACCAAAAGACAUUACCCCUACCCUGACCGCACCGGACCACGUGGACCGUCCCAUUUGAUGUCCUACCAUCCAGCCACGCUAAAUUCAACCACAAGCCCCAACCUUGCCAACAAGAACCAGACCCUUAACAGCCAUAUAAGCAUUGGUACCCACUCCAGCAUGCCAGCUCAGGACUCCAGGAAAUCGGCUCGGCAGAACACAGCAGCUGGGUAUGACGCCACAGGCUACGUUUGAGGAUUUGUAUUAGUCGUUCUAUACCAUUUUU